GACUUUCGCCUCACCCUUUUUAUAAAACCUUUUUCCCACUUCAUUCUCUUUCACGCUUCUCUGUUUCUUCCCUCAGUUUCUCCUCAUCACCAAAAUGGCUCAGAAAGUGGUGCUGAAGGUGAUGACGAUGACUGACGACAAGACGAAGCAGAAAGCAAUCGAAGCCGCUGCCGACAUCUACGGCGUUGAUUCGAUCGCCGCCGAUCUGAAGGAUCAGAAACUGACGGUGAUAGGAUCGAUGGACGCGGUGGCGAUUGUGAAGAAACUGAAGAAAGUAGGUAAAGUGGAUAUAAUAUCAGUUGGACCUGCAAAGGAGGAGAAGAAAGAGGAGAAGAAGGAAGAGAAGAAGGAAGAGAAGAAGGAGGAGAAGAAGGAGGAAAAGAAAGAGGAUAAAAAAGAGGAGAAAAAGUAA